UACCCGGCAAAACCCCACUGGAGUACUCGAUCUCAAGCAGCAUGCCGCGCGCCCACGACCGCCCACAGCCACCCAUGGCGACUCCUCCUCUGCCGCCGCCCCGCCUCCGCCUCCUCCUUCUCUUCGUCCUCCUCGCGGCCUCCGCCGCGCACGCCGCCGACAGCAGCGGCUGCGGCGGGACCGACCGCUGCGGCGACCUCGUCCUCCCCUUCCCGUUCCAUCUCAACUCCUCCUGCGGGAGCGCCGGCGCCAACUCCUCCGUCUUCCGCCUCUCCUGCAACGCCAACGCCACCCUCACCCUCGCGCUCGGCCCCGCCACCUUCCGCGUCCUCGCCUUCCUCCCUUCGGGGUCGCUGCUCCUCGACUACGCCCCGGCGUCGCCGGCGCCGUGCGACGCGGCGUACGCGGCCUUCUCGCGGCCGACCUCCCCGGCGGCCGCGCUCGACGCCGCGCCCUUCCUCGCCGUGACGCCGGCCAACGUCCUCCGCCUAUACGCCUGCGAGGACUCCUCGCUCUGCCGCGCCGGCUGCGACGACGUCGCGACGUGCGGCGGCAGGUCCGGGUGCUGCUACCCGCUGUCGGACGGCAGCGUCUGGAAGCCCGGGAACGGGCUGGGCGUGUUCGCGGACUACGGGUGCCGAGGGUUCUCGAGCUGGGUCAAGAACCGGUCGGCGCCGGCGGGCGGGGUUGUGAGGGGGAUCGAGGUCGAGUGGGCCGUGCCGAGGGGCAGCGCCAUGGCGAAAUGCGCCGAUGGCGCGGCGCUCAUGAAUGCCACGGCGCUGCACGACGGCGUGCGGUGCUCGUGCGCGGCGGGUCUCGUCGGGGACGGCUUCGCACAGGGCACAGGCUGCUCCAAAGGCACAUGUAAGUACACUGCUUGGUUCUAUCUACUCGUACGAUCGACGUGCCAUGCCAACAUACGGUCCUCAAAUGUGUAUGCAUUUGUGUCCACAGCCUGCAGCAAUGGUGGGCAGGCAAGUGACGGCAGGGGUUGUUGCCAGGGACGGUUUUGCUCCAAGAAGGCGGUUGUUCUUGCUGGAUUUUUCGUGUCGCUGUUCUUCCUCGCGGCGGCCGUCUCGUUCUGGCUGUUCCUGAGGCAGCCGUCCAAGGACAGCCGGUGGGAUCUCGACCCUGCGUGCAUCCCCAAGAUCCUCCGGAGCGUGUGCGACGCGAAGCAGUUCACGUACGAGCAGCUGGAAGAAGCGACGAAGAGGAUCGACAGCGAGAAGGCCGUGGACACCGUCGACGGCACGGUGCACGCCGGCGUGCUCGACGACGGCUCCCUGGUGGCGGUACAGAGGAUCGGCUACGAGACGCAGGGGAAGCUGAGGCUGGUGCUGGACCGGAUCGAGCUCCUGUCCGAGAUCUCCCACCCCAACAUCGCCCGCGUCGUGGGCUUCUGCCUUGACUUUGACUCCAGCCAUGCGCUGCUGCUGGUGCACGAGCACUUCGCCGGCGGCACGCUGGAGGAGCACCUGCGCCAGAUGAAGGGCCGCGUCCUCAGCUGGUACCACCGGGUCAACGUCGCCAUCGAGCUCGCCAGCGCGCUGACGUACCUGCAGGCGCACGAGGCCGCGCCGACCUUCCUCCACGACCUGAGGUCCAGCGAGAUCUUCCUGGAUACCGACUUCACCGCCAAGAUCGCCGGGUACAAGCUCACCAGGCCGGCGACGUACUACUCGGCGUCGCACGACCAGGACGUCGUCUGCAACUUCGGCCACCUCCUGAUCGAGCUCCUGACGGGGCUGAGGCAGCAGAUGCCGUUCGACUCGGUUGCGCCCAAGGUGAGGGAGGGGAGGCUUCACGAGGUCAUCGACCCGACGCUCCUGUCGGGGAAGCAGCUCCCGGCGUCGCACGACGAAGUGAGGAAGGUGUUCGACCUCGCCGUCCGGUGCCUGUCCAGCGCCGAGAACGGGCUGUGCAUGCUCGCCGUCGCCAAGGAGCUGAUGCACAUCCUGAGGGACAACAACGGGAGCAGCAGCAAGAUCGAGAUCUCCCUCGAGGAGACGUUCUCGAGCUCGAGCCUGCUGCAGAUGAUCUCCAUGUCGCCGGACACCCUGCACCACCAGCUCCCGUGAAGGUAGACGAUGACCCUCCGCUUGUUAAUAUCCAGAUCAAGCAGGCCUCUCCUUGCUGAAGCAGCUCUGCUCAUCUGCUGUUUCAAAGUCUUGUGCAUGCUUUUCGUGCCAAUGUGUGGUUGGCAUAGUGUAAUCGUCGGCGAUUGGCAAAUGUUUACUGCGCUACAGUGCAGUACUCCGUCGCCGUGUGAUGCCUGCGGAGACGCCUUACGAUGCAGUCAGUGUGAUAUAAACUUUAUGGUUCCCAAGAACUUCCAUCUGAAUAUGUAAUUUGGCUCUUGUACAUAGU